AUGCAAGAAGAAAAAUUGAAAGAGAUUCAAGUGUCCUAAUAUACUGCAAAUACAUUGAAAAAACAAGCUCUAGAAUAUAAGAAACUUUAAGAAACAUUUGCAAAGAGAUUUUCAUAAGAGUUUAACACAUAAUUUUACAUUUUAAGUGCAAAGUAAUAUAAAUGGAAAUUUUAAGAUGGUUGAAUUCAUGGAAAAAAUAUGUUUCAUAUGAGGAGAUCAUAGCUAACAAAACACCAUGUAAAGAAUUUGGAAGAAUCACACUUGGAAAAAUUAAUGAGGAUUUAGAAGAUAAUGUAGAGAAAUGCUUUAAAUAUCAUCCAAUUAUUAAUCAUCCAUGGAAUACAUAUAUGAAAUAGGGAUUAUAAGAAAACAUAGAUUAUAUCAUAGUUGAUAAGGAAAUUUGGGAAUUUUUCACAAAUUAACAUUAGGGAAUAGCAAUAAUAAGAACAUCUAAUGGUACUGGAAAAGAUAAGCAAGUGACUGUAAAUUUAAUAAAAGUAUAUUAAAUAUUAAUUUUUAGUUUAAUAGUGUUUUACUAUAUCCAUCGAUAAUCAAAUUAAUAUCUUUUGAUAGAAUGUAUAGAUAAACAUUUGAGAGUGAAGUUAUGUAAGCUGAUAGAAAUAUGAAAUUAAAAGAUUAUUAUGCAUUGAUAUAAAGAACAGUACACACUUUUAAAGGAUCAUUUGCAAAAGAUAAUAAUAUUAGAAUUUGGAGAUAUGUAACAGAUUAAAAGGAUUCAUUUAAAACUUUAUUUAGUGAAAUAUACAAAUAAGUAAGUAUAUUAGAUAGUGAUGAUGAUAUGUGCUUUGAUUUUAAAGGAGAGCUACUAACUCAUCACUAAUAUGAAAAUAUUGAAGAUAUUGGAAUUAUCGAAAAUAAUCUAAUUGUAUUUGAAGUAAUUCUACUAUUUAUUAAGUCAGUUUAAAGAUGACAAUAAACCAUGGUGUAUUAGAAACUAAGCAGUUUAAGUUGAAAGGAAAUGUGAAUGUUGUAAUAGUAUCAAAGUUCUAUAAUUUCCUUGUAUUUGUAGAAAAGUUGCUUAUUGCACAGAAGAAUGCAAAUCAAAAGAUUACAAUUAUCAUAAUCCUAGAUGUCUAAAGUAUGAUUCAGAUGAUGAAUCUGUAAAAUCUUUUACUAUUACUUCGAAAUCAGUUAAAGGAAUUGUAGGUUUAAGUAAUUUAGGAAAUACAUGUUUUAUGAAUAGUGGAACUUAAUGUAUUGCUAAUUCAUAUCCUUUGGUUGAAUAUUUUUUAAAGAAUUUUUACUUUGAAGAGAUUAACAUGAGUAAUCCAUUAGGAACAAAAGGAGAAUUAGUAAAAAAGGUUGGAUCACUCAUUAAAAAAAUGUGGUGUGGGGAUAGAUCAACAAUAACUCCAACAAAUUAUAAAAAGGCUGUUGGUUAAUUUUAACCUAUGUUUAAAGGUUAUCAUUAACAUGAUUCAUCUGAAUUAAUUACAUUUGUUUUAGAUGGAAUUCAUGAAGAUUUAAAUAGAGUAAAAAUUAAACCAUAUAUUGAAACUAAAGAUUAUGAUGGUCGCUCUAAUUUUGUUGUUGCUAAAGAAAGCUGGUUAAAUCAUUUAGGUAGAAAUUAAUCAAUUAUUGUUGAUCUUAUGCAUGGACAAUUCAAAUCUACCUUAAAGUGUCCUAAUUGUUAACAAUUUUCAAUUACUUUUGAUCCUUAUCUAAUGGUUUAAUUAGGUAUUCCUAGUUAAAAGAAAAGAACUAUUUCAUUUAAAUUUUUUAAAGAUCUAUUUUAAAAUACUUAAAUGACUAUACCAUUUGAUAAAAAUAAAAAUAUUUCUUUAAAAGAAUAUUAUAAAGUUCUUUCUUAAGAACUUAAAAUAGAUUCUCAAUAUUUAUUUGCUUACUCAGCUUCUACAUAUGGAUCUUUUGAUUUUUUUGAUGAAAAUAAAUCUAUUAUAGAAAUAAGAAAAAGUACUAAAAGAUUAUCUCUUUGUUUUAAAAAAUUAUCCCAAGAGGAAUUUUAAAUGAUUAAAAAAUUCCCAAUAUAAUUUUCUAAUUUUUACUUUGAAUCAUAUUCAAAAAAAUCAUAUUAUAAAUAAGGUGUCUUUAUUUUAGAUGGAUCCAUGACAUUAAAAUAAGUCCAUUUAUUAAUAUUUAAUAAAAUUUAAUAAUUUUUUUGUGAACAUACUAAUAUAGAUUAUGAAAAAUAAAUCUUAAAUUAGGUAUUUGAAAAUUUUAAUUUUUUAGUAUUAUAGUUUGAUUUAUAAAUCAAAUUAAAAUUAUUGGACUCCUUGUGCUUUUUGUAAUUACAAGAGUUGUAAUGAUUGUGAAGUAAAAUUUGAUGAAGAAACAGUUGAAUAAGUCAAGAAUAGAGCCUUAAAAAUUGAUAAUUAAUGUAAAUUUUAAAUUAUUCUGCUUUGGAAAUAAAGUCCUUUUAAACAGAUUAAAUUGCCAAAUAUAUUUGAUCAUUAUUUCAAAUCAAAUAACAUAGAAGGUAUAUUUCACCUACUAAAUUUAAGUUGAGGAUAAUUAUUAUAAAUCAUCAAAUUAAACUUCUAUGAGCAACAAUUCCUCAUAAAGUACAUAAGGUGGUGCUACUCUUUAUGAUUGCUUAUAAUAUUCCUAGAUACCUGAAUAACUUAAUGCAGAAAAUACUUGGUAUUGUAAGAUAUGCAAAGAACAUGUUUAAGCAUAUAAAAGCAUGCAAAUCUAUAAAGUAUUAAAUUUUAAUACAAUUUAGGCUCCUUAAAUAUUAAUUUUUACAUUGAAAAGAUUUAAGGCUACAAAUAGAUUAUUUAAAUAAAAACUUGAAACUUUGGUUGAUUUUCCUAUUGAUAAUCUUGAUAUGACAGAUUAUAUUAUUAAUUCUAAGACUCCUUCUGAAUAUCAAAAUGAAAAUGAAAAAAAUAACGGUGAAAAUAAUAAGCAAAAAGUAAUCUAUGAUUUAUAUGCUGUUUCUAAUCAUUUUGGCGGAUUAGGUGGUGGUCAUUACACUGCUUUCGCUAAAAAUAAAGUAAAAUUAUUAUAAAAUAAAUUAGUUUACCAAUAAAUGGUAUAAUUUUGAUGAUUCAAUGGUUAAUUAAAUUAGUGAAUCAUCUAUUGUUUCAAAAUCAGCUUAUGUUUUAUGCUAUUAAUUGAGAACAGAAGAUGUAAAUUGUUAAGAAAAAAAAAUGUAAACCAUUUAAGUAUGA